GAGAGAGUGAAAAACCUUGUUUGCUGGUACUGGUUGAUGACACACAACAUGAGGAGGAAGAAGAGCUCCGUCUUGUGUUGGGGAGCCCCAAGAGUGCUUCUCCGUUCGGAGCUUUGAUUGGGAAGCAGAAUGAGACACUCAUUAAGAUAAAUGAUGAUGCAGACAAGCCUAUUAUUAGUUUUGGGGAGACCAAAUUUAGUGUGAAUGAACCAAAGGAAAAAGGUCAAGUCUCUGUGGUGAAGAUCCCUGUCUUGCGUGUUGGAGACACCUCCAAAGUUUCUGUUGUUCGAGUUCACACCAAAGAUGGAUCGGCUACCUCUGGGGAGGACUACCAUCCAAUUUCCGAGGAAAUCGUGUUCAAACAGGGUGAUGCAGAGCACUAUGUGGAGGUGGAGGUUUUAUACGAUGGUAUCAGAGAAAUGAGAGAGGCCUUCACUGUCCAUCUUAAGCCUGAUGAGAACAUGGUGGCAGAAACUAAGACGAGCAAAACCAUUAUUUACAUUGAAGAGCCCAACAGCAUGGCAGAUGUCACGUUUCCCUCUACACCCAGAGUAGUUUCUCUGUAUCAUUAUGAUGACAUCAGAAGUGGGGACUCCCUGCCUCUGGCUGGAUACCCUGCCAUCUGUGUCACUGCUUGCAAUCCCAAGUAUCCGGACUAUGAGAAAACGGGGUCUAUUUGUGUAAGCGAGAACAUCAAUAACACACUGACUCGCUAUCGUUGGCUUGUGAGCGCUCCCACAGGUCCAGACGGUGUCACCAGCCCGAUGAGGGAAGUUGAUUUUGACACUUUCUUCACCUCCUCCAAACUCAUAACUUUGGACUCAGUCUAUUUCCAGGCUGGUUCUAGGGUCCAGUGUGCUGCAAGGGCUGUCAACUCUAAUGGGGAUGAAGGUCUAGAACUUAGUAGCCCCAUAGUGUCAAUCAGCACAGACAAAGGAAUGUGUCAGCCUCGUGUUGCAGGCACAGUGGGGGCUGAACCUUUCUCUGCCAAGCUGCGAUACAGUGGAGCAGAGGAUACAGACCACCCCAAUCUCAUCAAAUUAACUGUCACCAUGCCUCACAUUGAUGGAAUGCUGCCUGUCAUGUCAACCCGACCUCUUUCUAACUUUGAGCUGACUCUGAGCCCUGAUGGGACCCGUGUUGGCAACCAUCGCUGCUCCAAUUUGUUGGACUAUAACGAGGUCAAGACCCGCUACGGAUUUCUUACUGAGGCCACCAAGAAUCCCGAAGUGAUCGGCAAUACAGAGCCUUACCAGUAUGACAGUUCUCUAAGAGGGGCUGGUACGUUAAGGUUCUACAGGAACCUCAACUUGGAGGCUUGCUUAUGGGAAUUCACCAGUUACUAUGACAUGUCCGAGCUCCUCAGUGACUGUGGAGGCACCAUUGGGACUGAUGGACAGGUGCUGAAUCUGGUCCAGUCUUUUGUGACCCUCAGAGUUCCACUGCAUAUGUCCUAUGUGUUUCAUUCCCCCGUGGGAGCAGGAGGAUGGCAGCACUUUGACUUACAGACAGAGUUGAGACUCACUUUUGUGUACGACACUGCCAUCUUAUGGAGGGAUGGGAUCGGUAGUCCGUCAGAGGCUGAACUACAAGGUGCUCUUUACCCAACCAGCAUGCGUAUAAAUACCCAGGGACAACUGGUAGUUAACUUCCGCACAGAGGCUCGAUUCAGAGGCCUGUUCGUGUUCGAUCACCCAGCCACAUUACUCACUUCCAUGGUCAUGUGUCCGGACCACCCCGGUUUAACCUUUAACCUCAGCCUUGUGAGGAGUGAGCCAACCUACAAUCAGCCUAUUCAACAGUGGACGUUCAGCUCGGAUUUUGCCGUGCGUGAUUAUUCAGGCGUCUACACAGUGAAACUGAUCCCCUGUACGUCUCCUCCAAACCUGGAGUACAACAUCCCUCUGGUCUGCAGUCCCAGAGAGCCGCUCACCUUCGACCUGGAUAUUCGCUUUCAGCAGGUCAGUGAUCCAGUGGCUGCUGAGUUCAGUUUAAACACACAGAUGAUCUUACUCUCCAAACGGACGCUCUGGCUCUCAGACGGUUCCAUGGGCUUUGGACAGGAGAGCGACACUGCCUUCUCACAAGGCGACACUAUUUAUGGCAGAGUGAUGGUGGAUCCAGUGCAAAACUUGGGUGACUCCUUUUUUUGCAACAUAGAGAAAGUCUUCCUGUGUACAGGAGCUGAUGGGUAUGUUCCAAAAUACAACCCCGGCAACUUUGAGUUUGGCUGUCUGGCUGACGCUCCGUCUCUACUCUACAGAUUCAAAAUCAUUGAUAAGGCUCAACCGGAGACCCAGGCCCGCUCAUUUGGCGAUAUAAACUUUAAUGCUUUCCUGGCAGUGGAUGACCCCGGUGCAUUACCUUUAGUGAGACAACCUGGAGCAGAUGGUUUCAGAAUAGAUUCUACUGCUUUGUUUCAGGUGGCUGCGGGGAGAGAAUGGUACAUCCAUGCCAUCUACACCGUCCGUUCCCGGGACAAUUCUAAUCGUGGCAUCGGGAAAAGAAGCCUGGAGUAUCAUGUGUUGAGCCAGCACUUGAAUCCGCUUCAAAAGGGUCAGCUUCGCGCCCGAAGAUCAGUCGACGACGUGCCAGACAUAGUAACGAAGAUCGGUGAGAACAACAACCGUGGCACCAACAUCCUGCACAUCGCUCUGGACCGCAGCAGUCAGCGGAGGACGAGCCCGGGCGGGGAAGUUUUCACAGAAAAAAACAUCCCCAGUGCGGUCAACCGAAAAGACAGCGACAACGUACUGGUGUUAAUCAUCGGCGUGUUUGUUGGACUGCUCCUCACUGUGCUCCUUAUCAUUUUAGUGGUGUUACUGGUACGAGCCAAGCAAGGGAAGAAAGAAGUGCCCACUAACUCUAACAGCUCUGAGCCCAUGGUGACUCAAGGCCUCGGCAGCACAGACAGUUCUGAGGUCUAACCGACUACUGAUUGAGAGAUUAUCUGAUCCUUUUAUUUUGCAAGUGCCUCAUAUUUAGCUGAAAUUCAAAAAAGAAAAAAAAAGGACUGUGUGAACUGCUAGAGCCUAGACACUAUUCAGAAAAACUACUUGAAAUACUGCAGCACUUCCAAAGCCAGGGGGUGAUUUGGACCUUAAGCAGGAGAUGGACAGUGAGUGUUAGCAGCUGUUACAAGGCACUUGUCAAGCUGUCAGCUCGCACUUUCUGUUAUUGAUCGGCUUUUGUUGCCAACCGAUCCAAAACAAAGGGUGUUGUUUUGUUUCCAAAGGUGCUACAGGAGAUUCCUCUUAACUUGAAUGGCAUUGGCUGUUUUGCUGAUUAGGUCGAGAGAAGAUGGAUAGUUUUUGCUUACUGCUGUAGUUAUUAAACAGACUUUGUACAUUUAGGCGCACCAAGACACUAAUUUGCUUUCACUGAGAAAGUGUAUCUCUUUGUCGUCAAGAUUUAGUUGUCUUUAGUUUCGGUGUGUGCCUAAGAAGUUCCCAGGAUUCUGAGGAUUUUUUUUAAUUAUUAUUAUUGUAAAAUGUUUGUCCUGUGUGAUCAGUAAAUCGUGUAUUCAAAUGAAAGAAAAAUCAUUUGAAUGGAAAUUGCUGUUUUUUUAUGUUUUGCAUGCAUAUAAUUAUUGUAUUCUGAAAAGUUUAAAUGAUUUGAACUGAAUUUGUGGAACUGCGUCUAAUCUGCUGUGUUUCAACCAGGCUGCAUCUUACUGUAUUUCCAAGUAUUUAUCAGUCGCUUAACUGUUAUUGUGACUUUUUCUUCCUAAUAUCUAGUUGUUAAAACAAUGUAUGAUUUCAAGCUUUUAUGAUUGACACGUAGCACUAGAUCAAAUCAGAAGAGAGAAACCAUUUUGUAAGAAGAUUAUUAUUGAAGCAACUUUAAAGACAGCUGGUCUGCAGUGUACAGAGUAACAUAGUAAAAAGGUUCAAAAUCAACUAUUUCCCAGAAGAACCAUUUUCACACUUGAUAAAAGAAUUUGUACACUUUGUUUGAGUGUUGACUUGUGCAGCUCUGUAGAGAAAACCAUUAUAGUAAAUUCCUUUCACAGCAAUGCUUUUAAUUAUUUGUAAUCACAUUUCACAUAAAGGGAAAAAUGUUUUAUUAUGUAUUUGUGUUAUUUUUGUGAGAAUUCUCUAUAAGAUUUUUAGUAUUAAAAUUAAGUUAUUUUUCAGUGCAUUGAUUUUUUUCAUAAAUCAUUUAUGUAUUCCUCUCUCCUGUCUUUUUUUACAUAACAUGGUUAUUAUAUGAAUACCAUGUUUCUCAAAUACUGUGUAAAUAUUGUAAAACUUUCAACAAGCUUUAUGUUUACUUGUGCUUUUUUUCUCAUAUCAAGGCACAGAAUCUGAAUACCUCUUCUUGCUAUUAUAAACACUACGUUUUCUUUUGUCUGUUUUAAAUAUGUUGGGGUUUUAUGCAGUUUUAUUUUGAGAUUGAAAACAAUUCUAUGCAACCUGUAAUACCUUUAUUUCAUGUUAGUCAAGUACUUUUGGUUCAUGCAACCAGUUAGUCCUGAUUUCACUCCAUAAAAUUUUUUUGUUGAUCUUUGAUCACAUUACAAUGCUUUUUUAUUCCACUCUAAUGCUUUGAGUGCAUUCUUAGAGUUUUAUGUACAUUAAUGUAUGUAUGUACUGUGUAUUUUACAUAAAAAUGUACCAUUUGGAGGAUUUGGGAAACGGCUGUUGUUAAAAAGGCAUACUGCAUUUACUGUAAGAAUUUGUAACAUAGACCUAAAGCACAACCUGGUCUGAAAAUAAAUACUUUUUCAAAAAAA